AGAGGAAAACACAAACCCAACGGAAUACGUAGUCGAGAUAUAAUCGUGUCGCCUCCAUCUGUCUUUCGCGAUCGUCGAUUACCAAAUCGGUCGGCCUAUUUACCGGCGGAAUUGUUCUAAAUGGCAAGUGGGAUUGGGGAAUCAGCGAGCAGACCACCCCAAGGUCCCUCUUGCUCUAGCAACAAUGGUAAUAGUGAAGCUGGAAAUUUUGAAUGCAAUAUCUGCUUUGACUUAGCUCAAGACCCGAUUGUGACUUUAUGUGGUCAUCUUUUCUGCUGGCCGUGCCUUUACAAGUGGCUUCACAUUCAUUCUCAUUCCCAAGAAUGCCCUGUUUGUAAGGCCCUUGUUGAGGAGGAGAAGUUGGUACCUUUGUAUGGAAGGGGGAAGUCGUCAAGUGACCCUAGAUCAAAAUCCAUUCCGGGGGUUAAUAUUCCUAAUCGCCCAUCUGGACAGAGACCUGAAACUGCUCCUCCCCCAGAACCAAACAAUUUUCCCCAGAGUGGAUUUGGAUUCACGGGAGGAUUUGGAGGUUUUGCACCAGCUGCAACAGCACGAUUUGGGAAUUUCACACUAUCUGCAGCCUUUGGAGGUCUCAUCCCAUCUUUGUUUAACCUUCAGGUGCAUGGAUUUCCUGAUGCUACCAUGUUUGGUACACCUGCUGGGGUACCAUUUGGGUUUUCAAAUUCAUACCAUAAUGGCCAUGCCCACGUGCGUCAUCGGCGUCACCAUCUUCAUACUGGUCAAGGCCAGCAGGAUUACUAUUUGAAGAUGAUUUUUUCAGUUGUUCUUUUUUGUGUUUUUCUUGCGUUGUUUUUGCAAUAGAUCAAGUCUGCUAUCAAAGUUUAUACUGCUAAUGGAGGUUACUUAGGAGUGUCAAAUCCCUCUCUUGUAAAUAUCUGAAUAUCUGACUGCAUUUUGUGUUUUCUGUUUUGUAAUUGAGGGAAUUGUCCAUAUCAUAGUUUUGGUAUUUUUGCCUCCUUGAUGUUUCCCUAAACAUGCUCAUUGCAACUUGAUUUGUUUGUUCAUUACUAAAUUGUAAAAUUAUUUUGCACUCUUAUGGUUCAAAGGU